AUGGCUGGACAGACCGAUUGGGGCGAAUUCUUAGAACUGACGAGUUACCUCCGAAUCAGCGAGCCAUUAGUUCGCACGCAAUACGGCGGUUCCUCGCCCUGCCUACCGCAAACUUGGCGGUCAAAGACGAGUGCCGCACCUAAUGCGGCGGAAGCGGUCACCGAACCCACCGCGGACGAGCAGGAGAAUCAAGAGGAAGAUCUUUCAGAGUUCCUCCGGCUUCUGGAAGAGUCAGAAAAUGCCGAUCCCACGCCAGACCACCCGGAUGGAGACCACUUUUGGAGAUCUGAUGACUUGUUGCGACAUGUUUCGUUCGAAGAAGUUGGAUGGUUUCUUUGCCAUUGGCUAGCACGCAAUGCGGUGGUUUCUCGCAUUACCAGCCGACGAUUUGGCGAGCAAAGCGGUGGCGGAGAGGAGAAGAAUCUGUUGCAAGAUGAGGAGGAAGAGGAGGACACCUCCUCUUACGAAGAUGUCUCCGCCGAGGAAGGCUCCAUGGAUUGA